UUCAAACGCAAAACAAUCACAUCUUGUCGCACAGCUUUAAAAGAAACCAAAAUAUUGAAACUACAGAAGAUUUUUUGGUAAUUAAGCUUUGAUUAUGAAUCAUUCGCAGUUCCUGAUAUCUGGAUUCCUUCGACCACCUUUCUAUAAUGGUGUUGGACGUCAAAUAAACCAACUACAACGAUUAACAAUCAAGUUUUGCAAAAGUCAUGGAGGUUCGAAAGGAAUGCGCGAUUUCAUUGAAAAUCAUUUGGUUAAUUAUGCUAAGGAAAAUCAAAGUGUCGUGGUAUAUGUCAAGCCAAGAAGACAUCGUUCUCCAGUUAUCGUAGCUGAAUACUUAAAUGGAGAUAGACGUUGGAUGUCAGCACAAAAUAGAAAUCAUGAAGAAAUCUUAAAGUGGUUGAGUUUGUUAAGUUUGCAAGCUGGAGAUACAGAGCCAAUUCGCUAUAGAAAAAAUUGGCAUACAGACUGUCCAUCGAUUCAAGGACCUUGGACUCCAUUUACUCACAAAAAUCCUGCAUUUAAUAAUAUCGCUUUUCCAGACAAGGAAUUAGGAAAGCAACUCAAUAUGCCUGAAACAGCGACAGAAAAGCUUUUGCGAUUAGUUCAGGAGCAAAAAAAUACUAAGAAUGAAUAGAUUGUAAUUCAUAGAUCAUAGUGUCGUGUAAUAAAUUAGUACAUUUUUAAUAAAAUAUAAGAAGGAAGUAACUCAGAAUGGCACAUUUAUCUCCAAAUCUGU